UUAACAAAUAACGUCAAAUAGGUGAAUAAUAGUUUACAUUGUUUUGUUUUAUUAUUACGGAAAUUGUUGAACAUUCAGAAUUUCCGGAGGUUGGGAUAGUUAUUUUAUUCAUAUCAUACUCCUUAAAUAUUCACAUUAGAGAUGACUUUACGUCAGCUAGCAAGCAACAAUCAAUCCAUAAAAAUAGUGCCUUCAAUGGAAGAUUCAUUAAAACAAUUUGGUUUUGAUGUAGAUAUUGAUAAAAGUGUUCAAAAUUGGUUGGAAAACCUCCAAACAACUUGGAAGCCAUGGAAGAAGAGCUCAAUUGUUGAUGAUCUUUUCAAAAAAAUAUUUGAUUUUGACAAUCCUUAUAAAAUAGCACUAAUUUGUGUGAUUAAAUGCCCAGAAUAUAAGGAUAGUAAUCCCAUGAGUCUGCCUUAUUUCAUAAUUGAAUCUGUGUUCAAGUGGUCUCAAACACUUAGUAAAGCACCUGAUGACUUAUUUAAGUUACCUGCUUUUCACAUUGCUAUUAUGCAAAAGAACCGACACUUUCUUGGUUUAAUUAUUAAGACUUUUCAUCUGAAAACAAUUAAGGAUAAAAUUUUACCAAUUAUAUAUGAAAUGAUGGAGAAAGAUAAUCGCAAACAAGCAAUUCAGAUUGUAAGUGACUUAGAACUAUAUGAUGACAUCCCAAUUGAGACAUUACUGUUCCCACUCUUCUUACAGGAUCGUUUGAGUGUUAUAAAUGAAUAUCUCACUGAUUCUCCAAGUCAGGUUCUUCCACUUAUACAUUUCCUUGAUUCACUUUUGGAUAGGAAUUGUAAAAUUCGUAAUUAUGUGCAAAUAUUUUUGGAAAAUAAUAAAGUUAAUAAUAUUAAAUACAAUAAAAUUCAUUACAAACCAUUGGGAAAGUAUGUUGCCAGACUAUGUAACAAAUUCAAUAUUCCAAUUGAAACAUGCCAGAACCUGAGUCGAAAUCGCACAGCUGGGGGACUAAAAUAUUUAAUAAAUCAAAAAUAUGUAGAGCAUAAAGUAAGUGCAUCAGUUUGGGAUGAUUUAGUAAAAGAUAAUUUAAAAAAUAGUGAAGGAUUUGGAAUUGACUUUAUAUAUAUGUUGAUGGAGUUUGACCAGAGUGAAGCAUUGAAAUGGGCAAAGUAUUUAAACAUAUCUGAAAAUGAUUUACCUUCAACAUUAAGACCUACAGUCAUACCAGAAAAUAUUCUAGAAACCACAGAAGAAGUUUGGGAGUCACAAGAAAUUGCUACCAAACAAUAUUAUAAAUAUCCACUAUCUGCAAAUAGUAUUAUAAUGGUCAGUGAUGGUGAACAGUUUUAUGACAUUAUGUCCACAUUAGAAAAAUGUGAAAUGGUCAGUAUUGAUUGUGAGUGGAAACCAUCUUUUGGGGCUGCCCAAUCACAGGUUGCCCUCAUUCAAGUGGCAACAUUUUCCUGUGUCUAUCUAAUAGACACAUUAAUUUUAAAUGAUAAAAAAUAUGCAAGUUUUUGGUACACAUUCAACAAACACUUUCUAGACAAUGAUGAAAUAAUAAAAUUAGGAUUUGGUAUUGAGCAAGAUUUAAAAGAAAUGAAGGUCUCUAUAGUUGGAUUACAAAACAUCAAAACUAAAGGAGCAGGUUUUUUGGAUCUGGCUGGAUUAUGGAAAGGUCUUGUUGAUGCUGGUCUUAUUUUACCAAGGUCUAAUGAUGUGAGUGGUAAAGGUUUAAGUUCUCUUGUUGAGAGUUGUUUUGGUGUACCACUGGAAAAAUCAGAACAAUGUUCAAAUUGGGAGCUAAGGCCUCUAAGGACCACACAAAUAAAUUAUGCAGCCCUUGAUGCUUAUGUUCUCUUAGAAAUUUAUACAUAUUUUAAAAAAUUAUGUGCAGAACAAAAUAUUGAUUUUGAAGUUAUUUGUAAUGACAUUAUGAUUGAUAAGAAAUCAAAACAUUCUAAAAAAUCUAAAACGGCAGGGCUUCCUCCACCAACAAAUAUAGAACAAAGACAAGUGAAAGAUCUAAAGAUUCUAGUGGAGCGGGAGCUUUCCUAUUUGCUGAGUUAUUUAAGAUAUUGUGGAUUUGAUACAGUAGUUAUGCCAUCUAAUAUGCUGUGGCAUGAAGCUAAUGAUUUUGCUUUGGCAGAAGAUAGAAUUAUAUUAACUGUGAAACUAAAAUGUUCAUCAAAACCACAAUUUUCACAAAAUUCUAUAUUGAAUAUAGGAAAACUAACCAUUCAAGAUCAAAUAAAAAGAAUUAUAACCACAUUUAAAGUUAAUAUUUACGAAUCGGAUUUAGGAACACGGUGUGUUCAAUGCAAUGGUAUCAAUCAUAUUAAAAUGAAUUCUAAUGAGCUUGCUGAUAUUUAUCACAAAUCUAAAGUAGAAGCAUCUUCAUCUGACCACCCAACACAUAUCAGUGAAGAUGAAUAUUUGGAUAUCUUUUUAAGUGAUUCAGACAGUGAUGAGGCAUACAUCACACAUAAACCAAUUCCAAGUAAAAAACCACAAUGUAAGACAGACAAAGGUACUGUCAUAGAUAUGGAUAACAUUCACCAAAUGUUGCAGUAUUAUCAAUCCAAUAGUGACAAAUAUUGUCUUCUGUGUGAUACUUGUGGUAAAUUUCAAUGGGAUGGAGAUGUUGGAAUGAUCUUUAUUAGAAAUCUUAUAUUAAAAACCUUGAAUCUCAGUGAGCAAAAUUAAAUUAAGGUUAUAGACUUUUUGUAGAUAGAAAUAAGUGAACAAUAUAUAAUACUAUAUUUUAUUUACAUAGAAUAAGUAAUAAAUCAACUAUACAAAAGUAAAACUUAUGUGCACUAAUAUACCUUUUAAUGUAAUAAUAAAUAGUUUUAGAUAUUUGGUAAACAUAUGCAUAAAAGUACAAAAAUCUUUCUAAUAAGCAUUUUCAUGUAAUUAAAAGAAAAUCAUAAUACUGAAGUGUUCCAAUUGGUACAUUUCAACCUCUUCAAUAUUCAGAACAUUUCCUGUAAUAAUUAAUUCUUCUAAGUUCAAUUCUGGCAAUCCAAUUAUUGACGUUAAUUUAUUGUUGGAUAAAUUGAGGACCUGAAAAAGAUUUUCAUUAAAUAAGUAUUGAAAACAUAUUUAAAAAGAAACUGAAUGACAUCAACUUUUUAUAUGUUUAUUUAGGCUUUUAACAUUUUUCUUAAGACUUGAUCCUUGCAGCAUAAAUGUUUCACAUUCCAUCUAUACAAUAUAUAUGUUUUGUAUAGAAUCAACAGUAAGGUAGGUACCCUACCUAUUUGACUUAUUCAAGAACAUUUAUGAAGCUUUUGCUAUCCCAAAAUUGACUAUUUAUAAAAAAUAUAAUAUUUUUUAAAAACUAAGACCAUAUUAUGUUACAUAUUAAAUAAUUUUAUGUAGCUCA